AUGUUGCCACUGCUCAAUCCGGCAACCUCAUCGUCCUCGAUACCGGCCAUCCUCCAAUCGUUCGGCUCAAAAUCUACGCCAGAGUCCCCAGCUGAACCUAUAUACGCCUAUUCCCUUGCCUACGCGGCCCCCACCAGGUCUGCCCACCUUGCGACAGGGCAGGGUAUCAUACGGACCGAACUCGAUACCGGCGCAAUGAACACAACCAGAAGGGAAGAUAUACUUCAGCACUGGACUGCGAGCCACGGCACAGACAGGGGAAGUAUUCGUCGCAUCCCACUUGCCGCAAACCCUACUGGCGAAGGAGACGAAUACGUUUUAGCCACUGGAUUAAACAAACCAGGACAACUACGUCUCGUACGCGAUAGUACCACUCAGACCAAUUCACUCUGGUGGACGGAAAAAGGCCAAGGAUCUUCCUCGUCUACAUGUCUCAAAUUGGUCGACCUGUACAAAUUCGCCGAAUUCAUCGAAACCACUCUCCCCGCCUAUGACCAGUCCUGUAAAAACGAUGAUUCACUCUGA